AUGUCUGGAUGCCCAUCUUUUAGCCUCUCCUGCGACAACAACCACUGGAACUGCUGCGGCAGCGCCAAAGAACCUGACCAGCACGGUGAUGGUUCUUUGCCAAAGCAGCAGCAGCCGUCGGCACACCAUCCACCGCCGACGCAGCCACCAACGUCGGUGGUGGCGCCGCCGCCGUCAGAAUCGGUGCCUCUACAUCAUGUGUCGUCUCCGGUGGCACCCUUCAACGACAAGGUGCAUGAGCCGCCGGUGACCGCGGCGACGCCGAUUCCUGCCGCCGUGCCACCAAAGAGAUACGAGCCGCUUCAGCCUGCCCGGACAGCGGUGACACCUUUCCGUGUGCCGUCCAAGACGUACGACGACGGCGGGGUGCAGGCCGUGACGACGAUGCGUCCUCCUCUGCCCCACAGGAUUUACGAGGCCCCGGCGCCGGCCGUGGCGCCGCUGCAGCCAGCGACCGCAACACCUCCUGGUGUUCGUUCGUCGCAAUAUCCACUGGCGCGUCACCCUCAGCACCAAGAUACCUGUUUCCGUGGGGAAUCUUAUUCGCAGGCCUAUUAG